AUUUAGUCACAAUACUUUCGGGAGUGUUCAGUGAACAACCAAACGCUUGUGUAAACUUAAAAUAAAUACGGAAUUUUUUUGUUUGCCAGCAGCCAUGGCAAGCCCGUUGGAAAAUAAAUUGGUCAAUGCGGCCAAGACCAUCGAGCAGCAGCUGGACCAGCAGCUGGACCGCUUGGACAGCCUGGACUCCGAUGAUCUGAAGGUGUUGCGCGAGCAGCGCCUACGCGAAAUGAAAGAGCUGAACGCAAAGAAGCAAGAGUGGCUCAAAAACGGCCACGGCACCUACACGGAGCUGGCCAGCGAGAAAGAGUUCUUUGAGGUGUCGAAAAAUUCACCCAAUAUCGUGUGCCACUUCUACAGAGACAGCAACGAGCGCUGUCGCAUUGUGGACAUGCACCUGAAGACUCUGGCCGCCAAGCAUGUGGAGGCCAAGUUCUGCAAGCUGAACGCCGAAAAGUCCCACUUCCUGACGAAACGCCUGCGCAUCGAGGUGAUACCCACAAUUGUCCUGGUGAAGGACAGCAAGACAAGUGACUUUAUUGUCGGAUUCACCGAUCUGGGCAACUGCGACGAUUUCUCCACGGAGAUUCUCGAGUGGCGCAUCGCCCACUCCGGUGCCAUUGACUACAAAGGUGAUCUGUUGCAGCCGCCAGAUGUGAAACACAAGCCGUACAUUAACAAGCCCAAAAAGACAAUACGUGGCGGCGGUUGCGGCUGCGAUUCCGAUGACUCUGACUAACUAACUGCAGCCUCCCAUUCCGCAAGCAGCUCCCAGCAACACACAUACAUCCACACUCACAGUAACAAACGAAACGAAUCAGCGCACACACAGAUCAAUAGCUAGCACAGGCAUCUAAGCUUAGAUUGGGCACACCUUUUAAGAGUUAUUUAUUUAUGGGGCAGUGCCUACUACGCUCUCUUCUCCACGCAUUGCUCCCCCACGUACAGCAUAAUUAUUUGGUUGGCUUUACACCCCGUCUGGGCGGUUUAUUAACUCUAAACUACUAUCCACGAUUUACGCACGGUUAUGCAAACAUUUUGACACUGUUUUCAAAUACACUUUUAAAUAUUUGUACCAUGUGGUUUGUGACAGAAAUUUGCAAGCAUCCUCGAGUGGCGCACUGAGAAGUCUGUGCCCUUGGACGCAAUCCACACAUCCUCCACACAUAAAACGCUCUUAAAUUGUAAAUGUAAAAGAUAUAGAAAAAAUAUAUACAAAAAUGGGCAAAAAAACAA